UCUCUCUGGACAGAACAGUUACAGUCUCCAUAUUUCAGAGUCACACAGGCACGUGCGUACUUGUGGUUUCAUUGGGAGAGAAAGAGAGCAUCGUGACUUUGCUAGAAAAUGGAAGAACCAGUUGAGGUGGAAUUGAACGUAAAUGCACCAAUUGCCGAAGAAUCGAGUCGAAAAAAGGGGAAGAAAGAUGGGAAAAAUUCGGCGAAAAAGAAAACUUCGCAAGGAAGGACGUCCAAGAAGCAGGAAAAUCCAAUUGCUGGGGACCGAGAGAGUUCGCCGGGUGCUGUGGAGAAUAGUAAAGAUGAAUCGCAGGGGAUCACGGUUUCAUUGUUUGAUUAUUCUGUUGAGAAUCACUUUAGGGCUGUUGAUUUGAUUUCUAUGCUCUGUGGAGAGUCAGAGUUUGACAGUUUUGAUGAAGGAGAAGAGAUUGAGCGAUUGUCCUCUUCAAUCACGUUCUUGAGAGAAUGGAGGCAUUUCAAUUACCAAUCAAGAAUCAUUAGGUUUGCUUGCCAAACUGAAAGUCCUCAUGGAAAAGAUGUUAUCGGUGGGAUAAACUUACCUCAAUUUUCAGCUGCAACGGUUCCUAUGUUUAUUGCGGUUGCUGCUCAUCCUCCGGAAUCUUCAUAUCACAAGAUUGGUGCCCCACUUACAGGCAGAGGUGUCAUCCAGAUAUGGUGUCUCUUAAAUGUCAGUACGAAAGAGGAAAAUUUGUUUCCUCAGGCAAAGAAAAGGCCAAAAAAAAAUUCCAGGAACGGUGAAUCGGUGAAGUUCAAAGUAACUCAACCAAAGAAGGCAAAAGGGAGGCCUAGAAAGAAGCCAGUAAAUGAAUCUGUGGACAACCUAGGNGCAACUCAGCCAAAGGCAAAAGGGAGGCCUAGAAAGAAGCCAGUAAAUGAAUCUGUGGACAACCUAGGUUGCAACAACCAAUUUGUCCCUCUUGCUGUUCAAUUCCCUGGAGAUUCUAACAAAUUGCUCCCUGUAGAGGGGUUUUCUGGGGAUACACAUGAACAUAUCACAAAAGAAGACACUGGUAGUAAACGAAAACGUUCCAGCAAAGGAGUGGCCAUGGAUAAUUCAGCACUGACAUCUUCAGCAAAUAAAAAAUUAAAAGGAAAGGCAAGGAAAAAAGGUCAAAUUGGUCGUAAUGAUCUACCUUUGCUAACACAAAAGGAAAAUGCAGAGUUGUCCCUCAUGAGUCCGCAAAUGUCCUCAAGCUGUGGGCAGGAACCUCCAGGGUUAAGCAAGAGUGCUGCUAACCAUGGUUUUUCAGAAAUUGAUCCUACUGCAUACCCUAUUCCCGAGGAUCUUGCUUUGCCUAGAGUUGUGCUUUGCUUGGCACACAAUGGAAAAGUUGCUUGGGAUGUGAAAUGGCGACCUUCUAAUGUUUGUGAUACUGAAUCCAAGCAUAGAAUGGGUUAUCUUGCUGUGUUACUUGGGAAUGGAGCUCUAGAAGUGUGA